AUGACACCUGAAGCCAAGAAAAGAAAAAACCAAAAGAAGAAGCUAAAGCAAAAACAGAAGAAGAUAGCCGAGAAAUCCGCAAGUCGCAACGAAGAAUCACAUGAGACGCCGGAGAGCACUAUCAGCAUCAAUUUCGAUGAUGACUCAGUAUAUCAAAAAGAAUCUGACAUGACUACAGAAUCUGAUGUUCUUCCGGUCUCAUCGUCUACCAAUAUAUCUCCAGCUAAUGAUACGCAGCUAGAAAUAUCCGACGUUCGAGAGUUGCAUGAUGAACUGUUCGACGAAUCUAAUCAGCAUAAUAUCACCGCGGACACAGGCGAUUUGCCAAACAAAUUAGUGGUUGAAAGUAACUCAUCUAUAACCCAAUCAGAGCCAAAAGUGUCUCAAGAAGAUGCAAACACUUCCUCUGAUUUCCCUUCGACUGAGUUAUCACAUGAUGCGAUUACUGUAGAAUCUAACGACAACAACGAACAUGCUCAGAAAGCUGCUAUAUUUACUGUAAAGGAGGAUGCUUCCGACGUAAAAGAUUAUGAACAUUAUGACAGUGUAAUCAUUUCAUCAAAUGACGGCGCUAAUUCGCACUAUAGUCAGCUUCCCUCUUCCAGCGGUGGCCUCAUUUCUCCGGAAAUUGCUUCUGGCAGUACACCAAUGUACGACAAUUCAAUAGGCACAUCAGAUAAUGACAACAUUGAGUGUCAUCGUGAUGAUAAUCGUAGGAGCUUAGUUUCAAAUCAUGAAUCUUCUGAAGAUCUUUUGGAGGAAGACGAUGACUUGUCGAAUCUGCAAGCGCAUACAACUACUGAAGGGGAGCAGCACAAAGCUGUCCAAGAAGCUACAGACGGUUUGUUUGGAUCUGGUACGGAACUACCUGAAAAUGUGAUAAAAAGUUCCGGGGAUGAUGCAUCCAAACUUUUUCAAGAUAAAGAAAAUAAUGAAAAACUUCCAUGGGAAGAAGAUGGGGAAAGACCAUCGUUUGAUGACAAUAUGAUGACAUCCCAAGAGGUAACAGAAAAUUCAAAAGAACAUAUUGAAGGCCUGCCAAUGGAUAAAUUUUCGAACAACUCUGACAGUUUUACGGGCUACGCCAAUAAGGGGCCCCACUUCGGAGAGGAGACAGAAGAAAGCUCUCGAGAACUCAAUACACAGGAGAGCAAGGGACAAGAUUGCUGCGGCAAAAAUAACUCUGAUAUCAAACAUGAGAAAUUUUCAGAUGGAGGAAAUCAUGACUUACCAUCCUCUGCUGGAGUCGAUAUUAUAGAAUUUCAUAACGAUAAACAAGAGGAAAAUGGAAAUUCGUUUGUACAGAGCGCUGAAGAAUCUGGAGAAGCUUUGCCUUGGGAAGCGGAUGAUAAAAACACUGACACGACAAGUGAAGCUCAAGAAUUUCAUGAACAUCUUUUCGCUGCUGAUGAAAGUCAUGAAAAACUACCUUGGGAGAUUUCAGAAGGCCAACCAUUGUUAAGGACAGCAGACAGCAUGCAUGUUAAUACUGGGCAAAAUAAAGAGAAAAAAUUUUCGUUUUUAGAAGAAGACGAUGAUCUCUUAGAUGAUGACGACAGCUUCUUGGCAUCUUCUGGGGAAGAAGAGGUAACCAUCAGCGAUAGUAAUACAACAAAAUUAAGUCCAAAACCGGUUGAAAAAAAAAAAGCCUCGAAGUAUGAACCUUCCACCAAUCAGCAAUCUAGGAUACGCCAAGAGCAAGCUCAAUUCACCACUACUACUGGGAUUGUUACACCUCAUCAAUUCCACGGUUUGACUAAAAGUGCUUUAAACGCGCCGGUCCAACAGAGCAACGUUCAAACUAUGGUUGGUUCUAAGCCUACAGUAGUCAAAGAUGGCCGCUCAAUUCAUAAAAUUGAUGAGGAGAAAAAAAAAUCAGAUGCCUACGAUUUCCCAUUGGAAAUUAUUUCUGAGAGUUCUAAGAAAGGUCACGCAAAGCCUGUUUCUGUUCCAACUCAAAGAUUUCUCUCAGGGAACUCUUUUAGUUCCUCGGAAAAACCUAUUUCGCGGAGCAGGAAGGGUUCCAGUAACUCUAACGCGCCACCUGCUAUCCCGUUGACUACUCAAAUGCCUCGCUCUUCCAGAACGAACUCUGCAGCCUUACAAUCAACACCAAACUAUGCUUUUCCCAAUCCAUACAACGUUCAACAACUGCAGCAGCCCUCUAUUCAGUCGGGUAUGCCUUUACCAAGUCCGAACAUACCGCCUCCCACCUUACAAGUGGAGACUAUUACUUCCGUCCCUCCAAUUCGCGCAAGAGGAAUUAGUAAUGCAUCUGGAGGAAGUGCGACGUCCUUUGGCGCCAGACGUUCAACGCAAUACGGCGUUAAUAACGGACCAUCUCCAGUUUCACCCUACGGCCAAUCUGCUGUAAACUUACCAGCUGCAAAUAAGUAUGCACCUGUUUCACCGACGGUGCAGCAGGGACAAUAUCCACCAUUUACACAGAACAUUGGUCCUCCGGCUGCGAAGAACCCCAAUUUUGUGAAAACCCAUAGAGGCCACACAAGUUCUGUUAGCUCUUAUACACCAAACCAGAAUGAAUAUGCCUCUAGAUACGCACCCAAUAAUCAGCAAUCUUACCAAGUAGCCCACGUUUCGCAGCCUAUGAUGCCUGUUACUGAGAAUCUGAACUAUCCAACUCAAGCUUAUGCGGCUUCCAAAGUGUCGAAAGCCCAAACUGCUGCCAUCAUCCAACCUCCUAUGAACGUUCAACUACCUAUAGGAGCUGUACCUUCAGUUGCCGUCCAAGCUCCUAUGAACAUGCAAGCCCGUGCAAACAAAAAGACACAUGCAGUAAACCUGCCACCUCCUGUAAACAUGCCGCAUCCUGCAAACCUGCCACCUCCUUCAAACAUGUCUUUAACAGGGAUUGCACGUCAGGCUACAAAUAAUGUUCCAUCACUUCAACAGGAAAGCAAUGCUAUACAAAUAGACAACGAGGCACUAAUUCGUCGUCAAUUUCCGAUUUUCCACUGGAGUCCUGCAAACAAGGUCGUGUAUGCGGUCCCGUCCAUUCCUGAUCAAUCUCACUAUAUGAUUUCAUCAAACUUUGUACAGGAAAUAAAAGUAGUAUCAAUCGAUCAAAUAGUUAAGCCGAAAGAUAUGCUUAAAAGCUUCCCAGGCCCUUUGAGUAGCGUCAAGUUGAAAAAGAAGGAUUUAACUAAAUGGAUAAAAUCCGCGAUCAAGAAUAUAUUAGAAAAAGAUCCAUCCACCGAUGUAACUAUAUGGCAGCUAUUGGAAAUGAAACUUUCCGAUGGGGUAAAUUGGAAUAAUAUUUCGGGACUAUUAUACAAUUCUGAGGAGCUUCUGAUGUAUUUGUCACAACCCUUUCCAAACGCUGAAGUAAUCCCAAAUGCUUAUAGACUGGACGUAAAUUGUCAAAUGAGAGUCCUGACCUUCCUGCAGACGGGAAAUCAUGAUGAGGCUCUUCGUUUAGCUCUGGGCAAAAGGGAUUACACUAUCGCUCUUUUGAUCGGAAGUCUAAUGGGCAAGGAGAAGUGGUCCGAAGUUAUUCAAAAAUAUUUAUACGAAGAAUUUAUCGCCGGACCAAAUGACCAAAAGGUAUUAGCAAAUUUCCUAUUCCUUAUCUUCCAAGUAUUUGUUGGCAAUUCUAAAAUGACCAUAAAGAGCUUCUAUGCUAAUAAAGAGGCUAGUCAAUGGGCGCUGGCAAACUGGAAGACCAUUGUUGCCGCUGUACUCAUCAAUAUACCAACAAAUGCAGAGGAACCACUAUCUAUACCACCUGUUGUUCUUGAAUUUUUGAUAGAAUUCGGUAUCUUUCUCACCAAAAAAGGUUUAAAUUUGGCAGCCAGUACGCUGUUCAUUAUUGGUAAUGUACCGCUUUCUGAUCAGCCCGUUAUGGCAGAUUCAGACGUUAUAUUUGAAACUAUCGGAAAUCCGAAUGCCAUCGAAAGCGUUUUAUGGGGUGAAAUUUACGAAUAUAUAUUCUCAAGUGAAUCUAACUUCAAAGGAUUCUCAUCAAUUCUGCCACAGAAAAUACUUCAUGCGUCUCUUUUACAAGAGCAAGGUUUGACAAACUUAAGUACGAAGUAUACCGAUUGCUUGGGCUCUUCGAUGAGAAAACUACCAAAAAAAGACGCGUUGACAAUAAACCUGACCCACGGGUUGAAUGAAGUGCUUACCAGACUCUCCGAGUCGAAUACAGGAUGGCUCGCAAAGCCGAAAUUAAGCAGCGUCUGGGGUCAGCUAGACAAGUCCUUCAACAAGUAUAUUGGUGGGGAUGACAUUGAUGCACUCAGUAAAAAAAAUGACAAGAAGAAAGUCUUCGAUGGUUUCACACCAGGAUCCUCUGCUAAUUCUUCAACUGCAGAUCUUACUCAAGCAUUCACUCCCUUCCAAACACAAGUCACUUCUCAGAGCUAUGUGGAUACUACAGCUCUUUUGCAUAAUGUCCAUAACCCAUCCAAUCAUGGUGUGCUGCUUUCAAAGCCUCCUCAUGGGCAGAAAAUCUCGGUUGAAGCGGGCUUGCCUUAUACACACAGGAUCGGUGAUAGUUUACAAGGAUCUCCGCAGCGUAUUCAAACUACACAGUACACCACUGUGGAUCCUCAAAUGAGUUCUUUGAGAAGGGUCAGAACAGAUCAACAUGCAACUGAAAAUAUUUUGAAAGGCCAACAAAGUUUGGAAAAAAAGCCUCCACUUUAUGUCCCACAGUCUGGACAAAACCAUGGCACUUUAAUGGAGAAAUCUAACUCCAAUGCACCAUCUUUAUUCGCAGACUUCGCUCAUCCACCUAAAUUUGGAAGAGUGUCCUCUAAUUAUAUGUCCAGUCCUGACUUAGUAAGAAGAGAGUCUAUUAUAUCUACCGGAUCUGAUUUUCUUCCUCCUCCCAAAAUCGGAGCACCUAAAGCUAAUUCGUCCCAGGGGUCGCUUAUGUAUUCACCAAGUGUGGAAGCUUUACCUAUCGAACCUCUUGUUCCGCUAGAUAAUGAGGGGGGAUAUAAUAAUUCUGAUAACGAAGAUCUUGAAGAGGGCACACCUGAACAUGAGUAUCACACGUUAGAGCAUAAAAGUAAUACAGACGAAAUUACAUUAAAUGAUUCUACAGAUGCAGCUGGAGAAACAAAGGAUUCUGAAGCGCCAGGUUUCAAUGAUGAAGAAAAUCCUCUACCCACAGAGGUUAACAUUCAGGCCACUUUCCCAAUAAACAGUGUGAAAUCUGUAGGUGACGGAGUCCAACAGAUAGAUCGGAUUUUCAGUAACGGCAUUUCAAGCACUGAUGGCUCAAAAAUCGAGAAUGUUCUGCCCUCGAAUGAAAAUGAAAAAAGCAAUGAGGGACUUCCAAAACAUGCUUCAAAACCAGCAUCGUCUUCUUAUUUACCAUUAGCAGAAAGCGUUUCAGUAGAGAAUAAACUACUGACUCAGAAGGAAGAUGUAGAAAUUUUCAACGUUACAGCGCCUAUGCUUGUGGAGCAGCAUACAUUACCCCCGAAAUUAGAAAUUAAUAAUGCGAUUAAAAUGCACCACUCUCCGUAUAUGCCUCAAGCUCCUGUGGCCAAUACCGAUGCACCAACUAUGCCAGAAGCAUCACCUCCUAUGUUUGUAGGAUCUUCUCAAGUUCAAGUAUCUACAGCAUCACCAUACUUUCCUAUAGCCCACCAGACGAAUAAUAGUGCUCCGUUUGGAUCAUCUGAAACAAUGUCUCAGUCGCCAAUUAACGGCGAUAUUACCUCAGAAGAUAGAUUUAGUCCAAUCAAGAAAGCCGAGGUUGUUGAGAGGGAGACUUUUGAACCUACCAUUAGGAGGGCUUCAACCAAUCAAUAUAGGGCUUUCAAACCAUUGGAGUCAGAAGUAGGGAAAUAUAAUGAUAUUAUUGAGGAAGAAUCCGAAGACGAAAAUAUGUCUGCUGAGGAGGGGGAAAAUAGGAAUAAAAAAGAAAAGAUAAAUGAGGGUAUGAAGAAAGGGUCAAGAUCCAAGGAUAAGGAUAUGGAUGACAAGUCCAACAGUUGGUUUGGUUGGUUAAAGAAAGAUACUGGUGACAAAAAAGUGUAUAAAGCCAAAUUAGGUCAUAAGAAUACACUAUACUAUGACGAAAAGCUGAAACGGUGGGUGAAUAAGGACGCAACAGAAGAAGAAAAGCAAAAAAUUGUCGAAACUUCAGCGCCACCACCUCCUCCCAUCGUCAAACGUAAAGACGCCGGGCCUAAAACAAAGCCACGUUCGGGCCCUAUCAGUAAUAUUCUGCCUCCAAUAAAUGUUACUUCAGUCACACCAAACAAUCCAAUUACUGGAGAUCCUUUGCCAACUAAAUCAGCUCCUCCUCUUUUAUCAGGAGAAGCUGAUUUAGACAAUUCACCACCGCCGUCCUCUCCUGUGUCUAGCAUUUCUGGGGUGAACCUAACUGGUAAAAAGGCCAACGGCCUAGAUGAUAUAUUAAGUUUGACAGGUGGACCAAAACCAGCAAGUACGAGGAGGAAGAAGAAAGCAACAAGAGGUUAUGUCAAUGUUAUGAAUAACAUACAAUAA